GUAUAUGCAGAUAAACUAAAUCUGAAUGACAAUAAAUUAGUCGAAAAGCUUCUAAUUAACCCAAUUUUAUUUGAUGUUGAUAAAUCAAACCCUCGAAUUAAAAGCGAAUUUGAUAGUAGUUCUUUGGUGAAUAAAUCUUUUUUUGAUUAUAGAAAUAAUUAUAAACCUUGUAUUAGAGAUAUGAAUAAUCAAAAUAGAUCAAGUUUCUCAACUAAUUCACAAAGUUCAAUUAGUAUAGAAGUAGAUAGUGAGGAUGAACGUAUUCUAUUGAAUCCAGAAUUUCAAAAAGAAAUAGAAAAUGUUCAGAAUAAAACAGAAUGUUAUCGUAUAGAAAAUUUAAAUAAACAAAAACAUAUCCCUUAUAAAACAAAUGAAGAAGUCAGUUAUAUUAUAAAUGAAGUCAAUGUAUCUGAAAAUAUGACAGCUUUUAUCGAAAAAUGUAAAUUGGCAAUAAGUGAAUUAGAAGAAAAUAUUUUUUGUAAUAGAAUCGAUAAUAAUCAGUUUUCAGAUAAAAUUGAAGAAAUUCAAACCUUAGUUAAAGAAUUUAAUAUAAUGUUUUAUGAAAAUUGGAUAUCUGAACUAAAUAAAUUAGAACUAUAUAGUGAUAUAUUUGACGAUAUGAUUGAAACAUUUAAAAAUCUAAAAGGACUUCAAUACGAUACAGGAGAAAAUGAAGAAUUAGGAAAAUAA